AUGGGCAAGUACAUGCGCAAGAGCAAGGCCUCGGGGGAGGUGGCCGUCAUGGAGGUCGCCGGCGCGCUGCUCGGCGUCCGCACCCGCUCCCGCACCCUCGCCGCGCAGCAGCAGCGCGCUCCGUCCCCUUCGCCGCAGCGCAAGGGCCACGAGGACGGCGACUACCUCGAGCUCAGGAGCAGGAGGCUCGAGAAGCAGCCGCCGCCGGGGCCCAAGGACAAGGAGGACGCGCCGCAGCCGCCGGCCGCCGGUGGGAGGAGGAUGGAGCAGGCGCCGUCGUCGUUCGCCGCCGAGGGCUUCGAGGCCGACCUCGAGGUCUCCUUCGGCGACAACGUCCUGGACUGGGACGCCACCGACAGGGGCGCCAGGGAGACGACGCCGUGCAGCCUCAUCUACAGCUCGGAGACGAUGAGCACCCCCGGGUCGGCGACCGGAGGAGCCCGCAACCACUCCCGCCGCAGGGCGCAGACGCCGGUCUGCCGCUACGUGCCGAGCUCGCUGGAGAUGGACGAGUUCUUCGCCGCCGCCGAGCAGCAGCAACACCAGACCUUCAGGGACAAGUACAACUUCUGUCCUGCGAGCGGCUGCCCGCUCCCCGGGCGGUACGAGUGGACGGUGCUAGACUGCUAG